AUGUCUUCUUAUAUGAGAAACGCCGUCAUGUUACAAAUGUCUUCUUAUAUGAGAAACACCGUCAUGUUACAAAUGUCUUCUUCUAUGAGAAACACCGUCAUGUUACAAAUGUCUCAUUACAUGAGAAACACCGUCAUGUUACAAAUGUCUUCUUAUAUGAGAAACACCGUCAUGUUACAAAUGUCUCAUUACAUGAGAAACACCACCAUGUUAAAAAUGUCAUCUUAUACGAGAAACACCGUCAUGUUACAAAUGUCUUGUUAUAUAAGAAACACAGUCAUGUUACAAAUUUCUUCUUAUAUGAGAAACACAGUCAUGUUACAAAUGUCUCAUUACAUGAGAAACACCACCAUGUUAAAAAUGUCAUCUUAUACGAGAAACACUGUCAUGUUACAAAUGUCUUCUUAUAUGAGAAACACCAUUAUGUUACAAAUGUCAUCUUAUAUGAGAAACAACACCAUGUUACAAAUGUCUCCUAAUCCAAGAAACGCCAUCAUAUUACAAAUGUCAUCUUAUAUGAGAAACACCGUCAUGUUACAAAUGUCUUCUUAUAUGAGAAACACAACUAUGUUAAAAAUGUCAUCUUAUACAAGAAACACCGUCAUGUUACAAAUGUCUUCUUAUAUGAGAAACACAAUUAUGUUAAAAAUGUCAUCUUAUACAAAAAACACUGUCAUGUUACAAAUGUCUUCUUAUAUGAGAAACACCGUCAUGUUACAAAUGUCUUCUUAUAUGAGAAACACCACCAUAUUAAAAAUGUCAUCUUAUAUGAGAAACACCGUCAUGUUACAAAUGUCUUCUUAUAUGAGAAACACCAUUAUGUUACAAAUGUCAUCUUAUAGGAGAAACAACAUCAUGUUACAAAUGUCUCCUUAUCCAAGAAACGCCAUCAUGUUACAAAUGUCUUCUUAUAUGAGAAACACUGUCAAGUUACAAAUGCCUUCUUAUAUGAGAAACACCAUUAUGUUACAAAUGUCAUCUUAUAUGAGAAACAACACCAUGUUACAAAUGUCUCCUUAUCCAAGAAACGCCAUCAUGUUACAAAUGUCAUCUUAUAUGAGAAACGCCGUCAUGUUACAAAUGUCUCCUUAUAUGAGAAACAACACAAUGUUACACAUGUCAUCUUAUUUGAGAAACACUGUCAUGUUACAAAUGUCUCAUUAUAUGAGAAACACCGUCAUGUUACAAAUGUCUUCUUAUAUGAGAAACACCGUCAUGUUACAAAUGUCUUCUUGUGUGAGAAACACCGUCAUGUUACAAAUGUCUUCUUGUAUGAGAAACACCGUCAUGUUACAAUGA